AGGUGUGGGGUCCGCACACAGCUGUGGGAGCAGGCCUGAGGUGAGCCUUCUCCUGGGCACACAGAGGAAGUAAAACAUAGCCCAGCCCAGGCCUGCGUUUGCAUUCCUGAGAAAACAGUGCUGUGGCUUUAAAAGGCUGUGAAGAAUGGAGGCGCUGGUUACCUGAGCGGCCCCGUCAGCCAUGUAGCUUAUCACCGUCAGGAUGGGAAGUCCGAGUGGCCACCACCCAGUCUCUCUCCUGUACCCUGGAUCCCCUACACCCUGCUCCAUGCCAGGCACGUUGUCGACACCAACUAAAUGUUAAAGAAAAAAAUGACCUGACACUUGUUACGAAGGUGCCAGCCCUGUUUGAUGAGGUGGCCAUAUAUUUUUCCGAUGAGGAGUGGGAAGUUUUGACCGAGCAGCAAAAGGCCCUCUACCGGGAAGUCAUGAGGAUGAAUUAUGAAACUGUCCUGUCCCUGGAAUUCCCGUUCCCGAAGCCGGACAUGAUCUCUCAGCUGGAAGGGGAGGAGGAGCCUCAGAAUUCUGACGGAUGGCAGCUCCCAGGAGGAACCUUUGCAGAAAAUGAGGAGCCUGACGUGAAGCCCCCAGACUGGGCAGGCCCGAUGCACUCCGCCACCCCAUGUCCCCAGCCGCAGCCCCUCGAUGGCUUUGGCCUCCGCCUGCCGCAGGACAUCGCCGAGCUGCCCGAGUGGAGCGAGGGCUACCCCUUUUACAUGGCCAUGGGCUUCCCGGGGUACAAGCUUGCGGCCGACGUCCUGGCCGCGAAGUUCCAGUUCAGCCGGGGCAUGCGCCGCAGCUACGACGCGGGGUUCAAGUUGAUGGUGGUGGAAUACGCCGAGAGCACCAACAACUGCCAGGCGGCCAAACAGUUCGGAGUGCUGGAGAAGAACGUGCGGGACUGGCGCAAGGUGAAACCGCAGCUGCAGAACGCCCACGCCAUGCGGCGGGCUUUCCGGGGCCCGAAGAACGGGCGCUUUGCGCUGGUGGACCAGCGGGUGGCGGAGUACGUCCGGUACAUGCAGGCCAAAGGGGACCCGAUCACCAGGGAGGCCAUGCAGCUGAAAGCCCUCGAGAUUGCCCAGGAGAUGAACAUUCCGGAGAAGGGGUUCAAGGCCAGCUUGGGCUGGUGUCGGAGAAUGAUGCGCAGGUAUGACCUGUCCCUGAGGCACAAGGUGCCGGUGCCCCAGCAACUGCCCGAAGACCUGACGGAGAAGCUCGUCACCUACCAGCGCAGCGUCCUGGCGCUGCGCAGGGCGCAUGACUACCACGUGGCUCAGAUGGGAAAUGCAGAUGAGACGCCCAUUUGUUUAGAGGUGCCAUCAAGGGUGACUGUUGACAACCAGGGUGAAAAGCCCGUCUUGGUGAAGACGCCUGGCAGGGAGAAACUGAAGAUCACAGCAAUGCUCGGUGUCUUGGCCGAUGGCAGGAAAUUGCCUCCCUACAUCAUUUUAAGGGGCACGUACAUCCCCCCCGGGAAGUUCCCCAGCGGGAUGGAAAUCCGCUGUCAUCGCUAUGGUUGGAUGACCGAGGACUUGAUGCAGGACUGGCUGGAAGUGGUAUGGAGACGCAGGCCGGGCGCGGCGCCCAAGCAGCGAGGCAUGCUAAUCCUCAACGGCUUCCGGGGCCACGCCACCGGCUCGGUGAGGAGCUCCAUGGAGAACAUGAACACCGACAUGGUCAUCAUCCCCGGGGGCCUGACCUCGCAGCUGCAGGUGCUGGAUGUGGUGGUCUACAAGCCGCUGAAUGACAGCGUGCGGGCCCAGUACUCCAACUGGCUUCUGGCGGGGAACCUGGCGCUGAGCCCCACCGGCAACGCCAAGAAACCGCCCCUCGGCCUCUUUCUGGAGUGGGUCAUGGUCGCCUGGAAUAGCAUCUCGAGUGAAUCCAUCGUCCAAGGGUUCAAGAAGUGCCACAUCUCCAGCAACUUGGAAGACGAAGACGACGUCCUGUGGGAAAUUGAGAGUGAGUUGCCCGGAGGAGGGGAGCCGCCCAAAGAGUGUGACACCGAGAGCAACUGAAGGGACAGCCGAGCAAAUGGAACUGUGUUGGAAACAGUGGGGCAGGAAAACCCUUACAAUUCCUCGAAGUGUGGACACACAGGGAGCAGCAGGAGAGGCCGUGGGACGGGUCCAGCCGGGUCCGGACAGCCAUCCGUGCAUCUCCUCCGGGACACAGCCCACCCCGACCCGCAGCCCUGAAGUGUCCAAAAGUCUGGGAUCCUUCAUUUCUUUAGAGACGUGAUUGGGAAAGCAACUGCUUCCGCCCCAUUCCUCGCAGAGAUGACUCCAUGUGUCCAUCAGAAGAAACCUGUAAAUAUGAUGAACAAAGGUAUUUCCCGGAGAAUAUACGCCAUUUGGUCAGCACCAAUGCGGGGCUCAUCAUACGAGCCCUCAUCCACCGGUGCCCUUCUCUGUGGAGGAAACCUCAAGUCAUCAUUUUCUUCUGCCUUUAAUAAUGCUUCCAAGAGUAGAGCCUGUCCCCAACAGGUCAAGGCUGCGGAGAAGGCUUCAUAGAAACGUGUCAUUGACGUACACCUGCUACUUACACAUCUCCUUUAGAAGAACGAUGUACUAAUGGGAACAGAAUUCCGACGUCCUGGCCUGGCGCCAGCAGGUAGCUUUUCUCUAGACGGAUGGACUAGGUUAGUGGGGAAGAUACAGGUUAAAGAAACUGCUGUCUGCUCUAUCUUCCCAGUCUGGUUGGCAGCUAGCCCUUUCCCUGGCCGCCUUUAACGGCCCUAGUUUUCCAUAUUACUAUAUUUAAUGGUAGGGCAGCGUUUAGUACACAUGUUCUUCUGUUUCUCAGGCUGCCUGCAGAAGUCAGCAUACGUUACCUGCUGUCACCACGGUACAAGGCUCAUCGACUCACCUGACACUUGUUUUGUUCAUUUCUUUACUUUUUUUUAUCAUGAGGGUAGUGCGUGGGCUUAGCCCCAGCUGUUUCAAGACUUCUAAUCUCCUUCUACCGGUUAGGAAUAGCUGGGAGGUCUUUGAGUUUUUCCACUAUUGUAAUUUGCAUUCCCACAUAAGUCGGGUGUUAUGAAAACAUUCCUUCAGAGCUAUCUGCGCUACAGAAAAGACGCCAGAACCUUACAGACAAAGCCACGGCUGGAAAUGUCAUUCCAGUGUCAGAUCCGGUCACAGGCUACCACCACUUUCCCGUCCUGCAGACUCAGCUUAUUUGUAUCCGAUACUGUUCUUGGCAUCUUGAAACACCUAUUUCUACUCAGGUACUCAUUUUCCUAGUAGGGAUUCACUUUUCUCAUUUUUUUAAAACCAGUUUUCCUCCAAGAGAGGACAUUUCAUUUCAUUUCUGAUAUCGGAAUAACUUCCAAUAUCUGAAUUGUUUCCCCACUUGCAAACUGUACUGUAUUCUUUGUCAUCUCAAAUGGCAUCUAAACCCAGCUACUUGGCAUUCCAGAAAUUUCCAUUCCCUCCAAUUCCACUUAAUUUAUCCUCCAUUUUCCUGGUUCCCGGCUCUUUCCUCUUUAUGUCGUUUUACUUGCUUUUGGGAGCUUAAAGGAUUUUCUAAGCCCUACUUUUGGGUUCCUGCUGUGGAGCCCUAUUUAUCUUGCAGAGAAGAGUAGAAAACGGGUUCAACUCCCGAUGCAUUCCACCAACACCUCCCUGAGUCUCACCCGCGGAUAGAAGAUGCCUUACAGGUCGCACAGCACUGGAACUUGCCUGGAGUAAUGGCUCCACGGGCAGGGGUUUUUCUGGGCUGACUUAAUUACGAUCUAUGCCUGACAGAGCCCCAGUACGACUAUUCUACAGAAAUGCUAUUACCCUAGAAUGGCUAUAGCACAUACUGACACAGCUGUACCCCCAGUAGAUAGGAACUGACCCCAACAAUAAACUUUGAUAAUAAAGGCCA